UAUAAAUAUAAAGUAUUAAAUUUUUUUUUUUAAAGUGCGAAAGUUAUUUAUUCUCAUUUUUGAGAGUAUAAUAAUUAUGAGGCUCAAGUACCAGUUAUUCCUGUCUUGCGCUUUAUUCGAAAUCUUUGCUCUUUCUGGUGCGGCCUGUCCAGAUGUGAGAACGUGUUACAAUUGUGAAGUGAUUGGGAGUUGUGUUAUGAUAGAAAGUACAGGUUUUUUGUUAACAGAGGAACAAUGUAUGCAAAGACUUCUUCUGUAUUCUGUUGUUUGGAGCGUUGAAUAUACAUCUUUGACGGGCACGUGUUACCAAAACAGUUGCGAUGAUCAAGUGGUGUAUAAAAAGGGUAGCGUUGUUCACAGGAAAACCUGUGAUACUGUUUGUGAAGAUUUUACCUUGUCAUCGGGCUAUAGGGUUAACUCAUCUAUCCCUUAUGACUCGUAUUAUACUGGGGUCGACGUACAGACAUGCCUGUCUGGGUGUCUCACAACUAAUACAAGCUGUGCUGUCCUGUACGAGCCGGGCACAAUGGAAUGUUGGGUGUACACAAAUUGCUUGGAUUCUUGUAGCAUUGAGCAUGCACAAGGCUGGAAUGUAGACGUUUACCUGCGUCAAUGUGAACCUGAAGGAACUUCAAAUGUAGCAUUGAAUAAAUCCACAUCCAUGUCGACGCUUUGGACAGCCUGGGGAGAUGCUUUCACAUUUAGGUCUCCCCUUGGCGUCGACGGCGAUACUACCCAGGACAAAUAUGCAAAUUCAUGUUUCGUCACUGACUGGGAAAUAGGACCAUGGUGGAAAGUUGAUUUAGGGGCAAUGUACAGAAUAAAUCGUGUUGUGUUGUACAACAGACUCGAUAGUAACAUCGACAGAGCACAUGACAUUGUCUUGUCCAUGGGUUUGACGGAAUCGAGUCUUGCAGUAUAUGACUACAUUCCUUAUAUGUACAGUACAUAUCCAUUUACAUUCAGAUGUGGCACUACUGCCAGGUUUGUCCAGCUACAGAUCAAUGCAAGCUAUGGUGAUCACUUCCAUUUGUGCGAGGUUCAAGUUUUUGGUAUAUCAGACUGUGGAAGUUUGACAAACCCUUUAAACGGUCUGGUUCACACAAAUGAAACCACGCUCAAUAACGAUGCAGUAUACAAUUGCAAUACGGGUUUUAUCCUUACCGGAAGCGUUCCAAGAACGUGCCAGACAGAUGGGAUAUGGUCUGGAAAUGCUCCUACUUGUGAACCAGUAAAUUGUAGUGAUCUGGUAUCUCCUGCAAACGGUUCCGUGACAUUGUCAGGCUUAACAUAUAUGAAUACAGCUAGGUACAAUUGUUCUAUAGGAUUUGUUUUAACUGGGUCAUCAACACGGACCUGCAUGUCUGAUGGAAAUUGGGACAAUUCUCCCCCAUCUUGCAUUAUAGUUGAUUGCGGUCCAAUUUCCAACCCAGAAAACGGAAGCGUUUUAGUGCCGAGUUCAACGUUUGCAAGUGUAGCAACUUACACUUGUUUGAACGGAUACUUUUUAACAGGUUCCGCUACACGACUCUGUACUUCAGAUGGUUAUUGGAACGGCUCAGCUCCGUCUUGCACUUACAUUGCCUGUGGUGUUUUGCUGAAUCCCUCAAACGGAUCAGUUUCCAUUUCAAGUUAUGGGUUUAUGGGAACAGCGACAUAUAGUUGUUUAACUGGAUUCAACUUGUCAGGAAGCAUCGAAAGAACAUGUCUUUCUGAUGGAAACUGGAAUGCGUCCGAACCAUCUUGUUAUAUCAUUGACUGUGGCAUUUUACAAGAUCCUUCAAACGGAAGCGUCACAUUAUCUGGUUCAACAUUUUUGAGCACUGCGUCAUAUAGUUUUGUUCUUACAGGGAUUCAACCUGUUCUGGGUCCAGUUCGAAAGAACAUGUUCUUUCUUGAUGGAAAUUGGAAAUGGUUCUGUCCCAUUGUGCGGUUGUGGUUAACUGUGGUGGCUUCUGUCGACCCUGCAAACGGUAUUGUAUCAGUUUCAGGCUUUACGUAUUUGAGUACAGCGACAUACAGUUGUUUUGUUGGAUAUAAUUUGACAGUAUCGGAAACUAGGGUUUGUAUGUCAGAUGGGAACUGGAAUGGUUCAGCUCCCUUUUGUUUAUCUUCUUUAUCAGUUACAACAAGCACUACCACGCCAAGUCCAACUGUACCGCCAUCGAAUUUGUCAAGAAUUUAUAUUAUGGCAUGCAUUUGUUACCCUAACAAAACAUUUAUCGGGCUGACACAAAAAGAAAUUAUCCAACAUCUAAUUGAAGACACAAAAAUAGACACUAAAAACACAUCGCGUUCAAAAUCAAAGCUUGUGUGUAGAGAUGAUUCGAGACAGUCGUCAAUGAUAAUGGGGUCAGUCGGAGCAAGUGUUUUGAGCACUGCGUUAGGGGUUAUCAUUUGUUCAGAUUUGAUUACAUUGUUGUUUAAACUGAAAAAAGUGAAAAUUGCGUCGAACAAGCUUGCAGCAAAUGACGGCAAGCUGUCUUCAACAGAUUCAGCGUUGGAAGAUGGAUGGCGCUAG